AAGUGUAGCGGCAAGCCCUAGCGAGAGUUGAGGAAGCUCGAGUAGGGCUGCAAGCCUGCAAUAGUUCCGAUCAGAGACAUUGUCUGUAGAGAUGGAUAUGCCUCAGAACGAUUUCGAUCGACUUCUGUUAUUUGAGCAUGCCCGAAAGAAUGCUGAGGCGAACUAUGUCAAGGACCCUCUCAAUGCAGAUAACCUCACGAGAUGGGGAGGAGCGCUUCUUGAGUUGUCCCAGUUCCAAAGUGUUUCGGAUUCGAAGAAGAUGAUAAAUGACGCGAUUUCGAAGUUGGAGGAGGCAAUGUUAAUCGAUCCAAAGAAGCACGACACCCUUUGGUGCUUAGGAAAUGCUUACACUUCCCAGGCUUUUCUGACUCCGGAGCAUGACGUUGCAAUGAUUUCAUUUGAUAAAGCGUCUCAGUAUUUCCAGCAAGCAAUAGAUGAAGAUCCAGGGAACGAGCUUUACCUCAAGUCUUUAGAAAUGACCGCAAAGGCCCCAGAAUUGCAUAUGGAGAUCCAUAAGCACGGGCUUGCUCAGCAGUCUGUUGGGGGAGGAUCUUCGACUUCUUCAAAUGUGAAGGGGUCAAAGAAGAAGAAAGGCAGUGACCUCAAGUAUGACAUAUUUGGAUGGAUAAUCCUCGCUGUUGGUAUUGUCACUUGGAUAGGAAUGGCGAAGUCCCAUGUUCCUCCACCUCCUCCCAGAUAAGAACAUUAAAUUAUCCAUCCUUGAGGUAAGAUGCCUAAUCUGAAUUUUCUGUUGCGAGGUUCGACUUUGGCAGAAGGUUCUCAAGUUAUGGAAAUAGAGCAACAGGUGGCCCAAUAGCCGUAUGUUGGUUUUGAUUAAGUAUUGUUAUACCAGUUUGGAGGUCAUUGUUGAUUUUGGUCAAGUAUUGUUAU